UUUAAUCAAUGUUUUAUUUUAAUUUAUAACAAUUGAUAAUAACCUACCUAACCUAAAAUUCAUCAUUUGACAAUAUUGUUAUAAUGUGAUUGUUGCAAAUUUCCCAAUACUUGUUUUUCUACCAGUUUUUGUUUCCUUUCUGUAUUUCGCGUGUUUCUUCUUACGAAGAUCCCGUAAAAUACAAUAAUGACCUUGAUGAUAACAUAAUUGUCUCAUCGAAAUCUUGUUUUCUCAAUAUCAAUUAGUUGCAAUACUCAAUUUUAUAAGUGGAUACGUACUUACGUUUGACCAAUAUAGAAACUGAGAUUUGUGUUAGUGAAUCACAAUGUUCGAAGUUGGAAAAAAUGUAUUUUUAAUGUUGAGACAAUCAUCACUGUUUUCCAGUCACGUAAGAUAUAUUAGUGCAUCAAGUAACUUUAUUUUUAGACAGUUAUUUGACAAUAUCAGUAGCACGUAUACAUAUUUAUUAGGAGAUGCCGACAGUAAAGAAUGCAUUAUUAUCGACCCGGUUUUGGAACGAGUUAAGCGGGAUUUUCAAUUAACAAAAGAUUUGAAUUUGAACCUGAUUUUUGUGGUCAAUACUCAUAUGCAUGCCGAUCACAUCACCGGAUCAGGAUAUCUGAAAUGCCUAGCAGGAUGUAAAAGUAUUAUUUCGAGGACUAGCGGGGCACAGGCGGAUAUAUAUGUUGACGAAGGAGACUAUAUACGAUUUGGUUCACAUAAAAUUAAAGUUCUGAGUACUCCUGGCCAUACAAAUGGAUGCUGUUCAUUUUACUGCCAGGAGCAGGAAAUCGCUUUUACAGGAGACGCUCUCUUAAUUAGAGGAUGUGGCAGGACCGACUUCCAAGAAGGUAACCCGGUAACCCUCUACCACAGCGUACAUAAUAAGAUAUUUUCUCUACCACUGAAUACGUUGCUAUAUCCGGCGCACGACUAUAACGGCAUGACAGUGACUUCGGUGCAAGAGGAGAAACAAUUCAACCCUCGCCUGGGGAAAACUUUGGAGGAGUUUGUCCAUAUUAUGAAUAAUCUGAAUCUGAAUUAUCCCAAACAAAUAGAUAAAGCUUUACCAGCCAACAGAGUUUGUGGUUUGCAUGAGGUCCCUAAGGAUUUAAACAACAGCUUAUAAUUUAUUAGAAAUUAUGAUUUUAAGGAAGAAAAGUAAUACUAACGAUAAAUAUUUAACUCUAGUGCUUUUUGAAAUACUAGACUCAAUAAAAUAUUUGCCAAAA